AUAUUCAUUCUCCAUUCCUCCAGUUACCCUAUUCACAAAGUUGCCUAAUAGCGUGAAAUGGCAUUGAAAGAACAAGAGACCAUUCUUGUUACUCCUUGUCUUCCUAUAAGAUGGUGGUCUAAGGAGACGGUGGCGGUGGUUACGGGAGCAAACAAAGGUAUCGGUUUUGCACUCGUAAAACGGCUGGCAGAGCUGGGGCUGACGGUGGUGCUAACGGCCCGAGACAUUGGGAGAGGACUAAAUGCAGUAGAAUUACUGAAGAAUGAAGGGCUUCAUGUUUAUUUCUUUCCUCUUGAUGUUUCAGAACUCGCUUCCAUCAAGAUAUUUGCAUCAUGGUUCCAAGAGAAAUUUGGAACGUUGGAUAUUCUAGUAAAUAAUGCAGGGGUGUCAUUCAAUGAUAUAGGGGAGAAUUCAGUGGAACAUGCGGAGAUUGUCAUCAAAACCAAUUUCUACGGUUCAAAAUGGCUAACUGAGGCUCUCUUGCCUAUGUUUCGACGAUCAGAUUCCGCCGGUCGAAUUCUUAAUAUUAUGUGUGUGUGUGUGUGA